AUGGAAGAAUUUAUAUUUUCCCACGAAAAUGGAACUGGUUGCCACAUAAAAUCACUCGACGCUAUGCACCAGUAUCUGAAUUUGCCAAUUGGCCUCGUCGAGGAAGUUGCGAUUCAAGAUGUCACAGAAGUACUUGGCGGCAUGAUGGAAAGCAGCGCUACUGCUGCAUUGGUUCUGGUUCGAGGGUUAACUAAUUACAAUGGAGAAUAUAUAGCAGCGCCUAUUCUGUGGGGAUGA